AUGAUGAAGGAAGAUGAAAUUUCCACUGUGGACAAAGAGAAUAAGACUCCAAAUAGUCUUCUACUUAGGUCAAUAAACAAGAUAGGGAAGUCGGCAGAAUUUAAGCAUCCGAAGUCAUAUCAAUCAUUGCCUUUGAACAAAGCUGAGAAGUGCUACAUAAAUCAACAGAGAGAAAAAUAUACUCGGAAAGUUCUUCAAGAACAGAAAUCAGCAAGUUCUGCAUCCAAAAGUCGUGCCAGGUUGGUAAAAGAGCCUACUCAAGUGAAGUGUAGAGCAGAUAAGAGUGAUCCUUUUCAAUCUCUGCUUGUGACUUCCACCAUUUUAAGUUCGUUAGCACAUUCAUGGAUUAACAGUGCUCUCUCAUUAAACUGCAAUUAUGAAAUGUUGUUUUGGUUGAAUUCAUUGGACAGAUUUUGUUUACCAUUUCAUCAACAUACUACUUAG